GCUCCGGCGUCUGUGUGUAUUCGGCUGAAGAAAGGUUUGUGUUUUUAAGCGUUUAGCGUGUUUAAGUCGAUGCAGCCAGCGCGGACUAUUUUGUGAGUUUUAAAGUGCUGUAAAAUGGCUCAAUGAUCAUAGAAUGUAACGUUGUAAUACCUGACUAACAUUAAUGGACGUUAUUUCGUUCGAGUAGCGCUUUGUUCACGAGUAACGUUUAUCACAAACAAGAAUCACUGGCGAGUAUCGAUAGAAAAACGGAUCUUUUUGAAACGAGUCAGUUGAGCCGAUUGCUUCGCGGAGUGAUUCAGUGAUUCAGCGAGUCUUCCGGAUCAAAACGCAACGAGAACAACAAACACAUUUAAUAAUGGCAACUUUAACAAACCAGCUACCCAUGUUUUCAUGAAAGCGUCAUCUCUUAAAUAGCGUCCGAACACAGAGAAAAACUCCGGCCGAAGCGGCUGAGAACCACGUGACACACUCAUAUAAAGAUGGCGGUUAUUAAAGAGGAGAGUGAAGACGUGAAGCUUGAAGAAGCGUUCAGAGUCAAACAAGAAGAAACCGAGGAACAAACAGGUCUGAUGACACUGAAAGAGGAGAGUGAAGUUCUGAACGAAACGGAUGAGAAAUAUAAGCUUGAGAAACAUCAGGAGUUCAUACCUGAAGAAAAACCGUUUAGUUGCUCACAGGCUGAAAAGACUUGUUCACGAAAAAGAGCUCAAAAGACAAGAAGCUGCGAAAAGAAGCAUUUUACCUGUCAACAGUGUGAGAAAAGUUUUAACCUAAAAGGAGGCCUUGUCAGACACAUGAGAACUCACACUGGAGAGAAGCCUUACACAUGCAAACAGUGUGGAAACCGUUUCAGUCUAUAUGGAAACCUUAAAAUCCACAUGAGAGUUCACACUGGAGAAAACCCUUUCACCUGUCAACAGUGUGGAAAGAGUUUCACUCAAAAAGUAAGCCUUAACAGGCACACGAGAACUCACACUGGAGAGAAGCCUUACACAUGCCAACAGUGUGGAAACCGUUUCAGUCUGUAUGGAAGCCUUAAAAUCCACAUGAGAGUGCACACUGGAGAAAACCCUUUCACCUGCCAACAGUGUGUAAAGAGUUUCACUCAAAAAGUAAACCUUAUCAGACACAUGACAACUCAUACCGGAGAGAAGCCUUACACCUGCCAACAGUGUGGAAGGAGUUUUGAACAACAUGGAAACCUUACAGUCCACAUGAGAAUUCAUACAGGAGAGAACACUUUUACCUGUCACCAGUGUGGAAAAAGUUUCAACCAAAAAGGAAACCUUAAACACCACAUGAGAGUUCACACUGGAGAAAACCCUUUCACCUGCCAACAGUGUGGAAAGAGUUUCACUCAAAAAGUAAGCCUUAACAGGCACAUGAGAACUCACACCGGAGAGAAGCCUUACACAUGCCAACAGUGUGGAAAAAGUUUCAGUCUAUAUGGAAACCUUAAAAUCCACAUGAGAACUCAUACCGGAGAGAAGCCUUACACAUGCCAACAGUGUGGAAAUGGUUUUAAUAAAAAAGGAAGCCUUAACAGGCACACAAUAAUUCACUCCAGAAAGAAACUUUACACAUGCACUCAGUGUGGAAGGAGUUUUGAACAACAUGGAAACCUUACAGUCCACAUGAGAAUUCAUACAGGAGAGAACACUUUUACCUGUCACCAGUGUGGAAAAAGUUUCAACCAAAAAGGAAACCUUAAACACCACAUGAGAGUUCACACUGGAGAAAACCCUUUCACCUGCCAACAGUGUGGAAAAAGUUUCAGUCUAUAUGGAAACCUUAACAUCCACAUGAGAGUUCAUACUGGAGAGAAGCCGUUCACCUGCCAACAGUGUGGAAAAAGUUUCAGUCUAUAUGGAAACCUUAACAUCCACAUGAGAGUUCAUACUGGAGAGAAGCCGUUCACCUGCCAACAGUGUGGAAAUAGUUUUAAUCAAAAAGGAAGCUUUAUCAGACACAUGAGAACUCAUACCGGAGAGAAGCCUUACACCUGCCAACAGUGUGGAAAUGGUUUUAAUCAAAAAGUAAGCCUUAUCGGACACAUGAGAACUCACACUGGAGAGAAGCCUUACACAUGCCAACAGUGUGGAAACAGUUUCAGUCUAUAUGGAAACCUUAAAAUCCACAUGAGAACUCAUACCGGAGAGAAGCCUUACACCUGCCAACAGUGUGGAAAUGGUUUUAAUCAAAAAGUAAGCCUUAUCGGACACAUGAGAACUCACACCGGAGAGAAGCCUUACACAU